AUGGCCACCGAAGAUGAGCGAUACCGGCAGUCAAGCCAAUUUAAGCUGUGGUCCUUCUCACCAGCUAGCUUGCAGGAAUUGCGCGAGAAGACAAAUUCCUUGGCGAAACAGCAAAUCACACCUCGGAUAGACCCCGUCCCCGACUUUCUAACGCCAGAAGAGGAAUCUCAACUUGUCAAAUUCUUCACCAUUGAGCUCAUCCGAGCCGCCCAGUUCUGUGAACUGCCUACCGAAAUUCGAUCAACAGCGGCGAUCUUUCUACGACGAUUUUACAUCACUAACUCUGUUAUGACGUACCCCCCGACCGAGCUACUUAAAACAUCUUUAUUCUUUGGGUGUAAAGCAGAAGGCUUUUACAUCAGGCUUGCUAAGCUGGCUGAGAAAUUUCCAAACACGACGAGCGACCAGAUUCUUGCUGGCGAAUAUUUACUAUGUCAGGGCAUCAGAUUUGCGUUUGAUGUACGGCAUCCGUUUAGACCUCUGGAAGGGGCUAUCUUACAGCUGAGAAUGAGGCUUCCGGAUGAAGAAACGAGGAUAACCAAUGCCCAUCACAAGGCCCGGGAGAUCCUCAAGUUUAGCGCGUUAGUCACGGAUGUGUAUUUCCACUUCACGCCCAGUCAAAUCAUGCUUGCUUCGCUAUUGAUGGUAGACUCGGGACUUGUGGAUAUUCUGCUGCCCAAGCCAGCGGAGGAUGGUAAAUUGGAUGGAGACAAAGCUACUGGUAUACAUACGGAUAUCUAUGAAAAGAUCAUGACCACUGUCGAGAGCUGCCGUGCCAUGCUGGAAGACGAGCCGCCGGAAAGAAUGACGGAAUACUGGGGGACCCCGGAGAUUGUCAAGUCCAUGAAGCCACUGAGGAAGAAGCUUCAACGAUGCCGAGAUCCAGACCGAGCUGACCUGGUUGCUUUGCAACGGGCACGACGCGAACAAGCUGUUGCGAAACCUAAAAAGCCGACUGGUACAAACGACGGAGCAGUUUUUGGUGAUGCCGAGUCCAGAGACCCCAAACGGCGGAAAGUUACUGGCACAGACGACAUGUUUGGUCCGGCGCUGGGACAAUGA